AUGUCGAGCCACGUCGAGUCGAGUAGCAGGAGCCUGCCAAACCCAACCCCUUGUUUGAGCUAUUGGCAGCGGACCACGCGCGCCUUCAAGCAUCUCUAUGAAAACAAAGAUGCACCACUUCCAUCAAAGUCCAAAUAUGUCAUUGUUGGAUCCGGCAUCGCUGGUGGCUUGACAGCCCUUGAGUUGAUUGAGGGAGGAGCUAGCGCGGAGGAAAUCGUCAUUUUGGAAGCGCGAGAGGCGGCCAGUGGCGCAAGUUCACGAAAUGCUGGGCACGUGCGACCAGAUGCUUUCAGGGGCUUUAGUGCAUAUGCCAAAGUGCACGGUGAUGAACAAGCCCUCAAGAUCAUCAACGACGAACGGCUUGUGCUCGAUCGCGUUGCGGAAUUUGUCAAGAAGCAUGAUGUCCAAUGUGAUUUCAAUCUGACGACGACAUUCGACGUUUGCAUGACUCCAGAGUUUGCUGCGUACGAGGCAGAAAGCCUGGAAGCUUUCAAGCGGGCCGGCGGCGAUACCACGCAUAUCAAAUUCUAUGAAGGAACAGAGGCAGAGGCAAAGACAAGAGUCCCGGGCGCCUUGGCGGCCUACGAAUGGCCAGCAGGAUCUAGUCACCCGGCAAAAUUGGCGCAAUUCCUCCUCCAAUCAGUCAUAUUGAAAGGUGCAAAGCUCUUUACCUUCUGCCCUGCAAUGGAAGUCACGCCCAGUCAUCUGGAUGCGGGUUUAUGGGAUGUCCACACUACUCGCGGCUCAAUCACUGCCGAGAAAGUGAUCCAUUGCACAAAUGCGCACGCUGCCCAACUACUGCCGCACUUGGACCCUUACAUGCGACCGAAUCGUGCUCAAGCCCAGUCUCUCGUGCCUGUUCCUGCUUUCUCGGGAACUGAUGCUCUGCAGAGCACUUACUCUCUGCGCUACAGUCUUCAUCACUUCUACUCGUUGAUUCAACGCAAAGGGGAUGGUACAUUGGUAUUGGGGGUCUCGAGGUCGAACCCGACACUCAGCCCUGAGACAAUCGCCAGUCGAUUGAGCACAGAUGAUUCUCGAUACAAUGACGAAAUCGUCGAAGACGCAUUGCGUAGUUUUGGUGAAAUGUUCCCUGACUACAAGUCCGACGCUGCCAUGCACGGUGAAGGAUUAGAUCACGCUUGGACUGGUAUCAUUGGUAUGACGACGGACUCUGUUCCUUUUGUUGGUGCGAUCGAGUCGCUACCUGGACAGUAUAUUUGCGCAGGUUUCAACGGUCAUGGCAUGGCGCGGAUAUUUACCUGUGCUCCGGGCGUCGCCCAAAUCGUGCGGGGAGAAAGUUGGUCCAAGACUGGGCUUCCUGAAUGUUUCCAGUUCAAUACGGAGCGGCUUAACAGACUCUCCAAAGGAGAUCUGCCAUCGAUUUGGUAG